GACUAUUCAAAGAUAUUUAAUAUGAAACUCAAUGAGCUGAAUUUCACAUUUUAAUCACGUGUUACAGCCUACACUGCAGGAGGGUGGACAGUUUAUAGAUGUUUUCAGUUCCCUUUCUUGUAGCUACACUAGAUCCGUUGUCUCUGCGCUUGAGUUUGUUGCGAGCGCAUCAGUCAAAAACACUAAGGGAGAGAGACAAAGAUAGCGAGAGAAAGAAUAACAAAACUUUAGUAGGGUAAUUUGUUGUGAAAGUUGUUGUGAAAGUUGUUGUUCAUCUUCGAGAGUGUCGGUUAGUCCAGAGGGCAGCCACUCGGAAGUUAUGAUGUGGACUGGGAGCGAGGACGACAUCGCGGCAGCCUAUGAUGAGGAGAGUAGCGGUACUUCUGAAGAUGAAGGAGAUAUCCAGGUGGAGAUUCUGGAGAAGCAGAGGGAUGAGGCCAAUGAGAAGCUUUCUGAGUUGGAGCAAGUGUCCAUUCAGCUGUUGAGGGAGGUGGAUGCUCUGGAGACGCAGUUCCAGGUCGAGCGCACCUGCAGGGAGAGUGCCGAGGCUCUGGCCGUCAAGGUAACUAUAGAGAACAAGAUUCUGAAGAGGAGGAGUCAGAUGUUGAUGCCGCUGAUCCCUGAGCUGCCAGAGGACAUGGCCAACCUGACCUUGGACCUGGGGGCUGACUUUGAGGGUGGUGACCCCGGUUCUGAAGAGGAGGACUGCAGUGAGGAAGACUUGCUGCCUGGCCAGGCACAGAUCAAUGGUACAUUCUGCUUCUACCACAGAGAUGUUACAGACAUCAGCGCCCAAACACGGUCACAUGACCGUGUGGCUUACAUGGUGUACAUGAGGAAGGAUGGGACCAACAACACUGAUACAAACAAACCCCUUGUGCCCUUGGUGGACAUGAAGUCCAAAGCAGUAGAUGAGAUGAUGGACAGAAUAAAGAAAGGGAUUGUCCUGAGGCCCAUCGUCAGACCACAGCUUGGGCCAGAAGAAGAAAUGUCCUGGAGGGACCAGAGAAGUGAAAAGAGGAAAUCAGCCGUGCUGGAGUUGAAGGGGAUGCUGGGCAACGUGAAGUGCCAGGCCCGCCGUAGGGCGUCGUCCAGGAAGAGAUUCAGCAGGAACGUUGGGGAGGCGGAGCUACAGCUGGUUCUUCAGAGGAGGAGGCGGGCCAUGGGGGAGGCCCAGGAUAAAGACACCAUGGGACCCUCUGCCAAAACACAGGAUCCCCAGCCAGGCAGCCCAGCUGCUGAGGCCCAUCCCUGGGCACGGAAGAACGACACAGUCCUUAUGAGGCUCCAGCAGAACCGAGAGAAGAGGGACUCUCGAAUCAGAGCAUCAGUGCUCAUGAUCAACCAGGACAACUGACAGCUCAGAUGUUUUUAAUGUCUCGAAAACAUAAAAAUACAAUUUAUUUACAAAUUAAUUUUAUAUACCAGCUGUCUGUAAUUGUAUGUCGAGAUGUACAAUACGUGGGACUAAAGGCUUGAAGAAAAAUUAUUUACUUAUCUGGUGAUUUUGCUACUAUAUUGGUUAAAUGGAGACUUUGCUUAAGGCAUGUUUCAGUUAAUUGCAACUUACAUCAAAGAAAGAUAAGUAAGUAAUGAUGUAAUGAUGAUUAAGUCAAAAACACAAUUAUUUUCUAAGCAUUAGUAAAAAUGUUUCCUUUAUUUAACUCGAGAGAUUUGAGUUGUGAGUGAAGCGGUGUUGUGGUCUUACUCGAUCUGUUAAUUUGUUAAAAACUCAACUUCCUGAAUGCUUCAAGGACACAAAUAAAGAUUUA